AUGACCUCCUCCACCAAGAAGACGGUUCUCAUCACGGGCAGCACGCGCAGCAUCGGCCUCGCCCUCGCGCAGUACUACACGAAGCAAGGCUGGAAUGUCAUCGGCACGACGCGGGCCAACAGCAACACCGACGAGCUCAUGGCCCUGUCGCCCUUCAAGACCGUCCAGCUCGAGGCGAGCGACGAAGACUCGGUGCUUGAGGCCGCACGCCAACUCGAGGGCGUGUCCAUCGACCUGCUUAUCAACAACGCCGGCAUCUGGAUCCCCGACGACCUCCAGUCAGCCAAGAAGGAAUCCUUCAUGCGCCAGUUCGAGGUGAACGCCGUCGGACCGUUCCUCUUGACCCGUGCGUUGCUGCCGAACCUGCAGCUCGCGGCCAAGAGCCACGGCAGCGCCACCGUCGCCCAGGUGUCGUCAAUGCUGGGCAGCCUCCGCAGCAACACGAGCGAGAUGGAGCAGUUCUUCAGCACUUCCUACGCUUAUUCGAUGUCCAAGGCUGCACUCAACAUGGUCACGCGCUCGCUGGCUGUCGGACUGCGCGACAGCAACAUCGUCUUCGUGACGCUCAACCCUGGGUACGUCGACACGGACAUGAACGACCACCAGGGCUACCUCAAGCCCUCCGACUCGGCUGAGAGCAUGGCCAACAUCGUGGCCAACCUGUCGAUGAAAGACACGGGCAAGUUCUACAACGCCGACAAGCAGCUCGGCGACUUCGAGCUGCCGUGGUAA